CCCGGCUUCCGCGGAUCCACCAGAACCGGAGAAGCCCCAGAGCUCGAGGAUGCGGGCCGUGAGGUCCCCAUUCGUCCUGCUGCUUUUCGAGGCCCUGGCACUGACCCGGACCUGGGCUGGUCCCCACACCCUGAGAUAUUUCUACACUCUCAUGUCCCGGCCCGACCUCCGGGAGACCCGCUUCGUCGCUGUUGGCUACGUGAACGACGAGCAGUUCGUGCGGUUCGACAGCGACGCCGCGAACCCGAGGAUGGAGCCCCGGGCGCCGUGGAUGGAAGGGCGGUGGGUGGAGCAGGAGGACCCGCAGUAUUGGGACGUAGAGACGGGGAAUGUUAAGGAAACCGCACAGAAUUUCCGAGUGAACCUGAAGAAACUGCGCUCUCUCUACAACCACAGCGAGGACGAGCCUCAUACCUUCCAGUGGACCUACGGCUGCGAAAUGGGGUCAGACGGCAGCUUCCUCCGCGGUUAUGACCAGUUUGCGUACGAUGGCGCCGACUAUAUCGCUUUGAACGACGACCUGAGCUCUUGGACCGCGGCCAACGUGUGGGCUCAGAUCUCCCUGAGCAAAUAUGAGGAUGUGGAUGAGGCGGAGGUCCAGAGCAACUACUUGAAGAGCGAGUGCAUAAAGUGGCUCAGCAGAUACUUAGAAAAAGGGAAGGAGAGUCUGCAGCGUUCAGACCCUCCAAAGACACAAGUGACCCGCCACCCCACCUCUGAGCGGGAGGCCACCCUGAGGUGCUGGGCGCGGGGCUUCUACCCUGCGGACAUCUCCCUGACCUGGCGGCGGGACUCAGAGGACCAAACCCAGGACACGGAGCUGGUGGAGACCAGGCCCUCGGGGGACGGGACCUUCCAGACAUGGGCGGCCGUGGUGGUGCCUCCCGGGGAGGAGCAGAGAUACACGUGCCACGUGCAGCACGAGGGGCUGAGUGAGCCCCUGACACUGCGAUGGGAGCCUCCUCCUGAGACCAGCACCAUCAUCAUCAUGGUGGGCAUCCUCUGUGGCCUGGUCCAGCUUGGAGCUGUGGCGGCUGGAGCUGUGAUGUGGGGGAGGAGGCGCUCAGGUAGAAAAGGAAGGAGUUACGCUCAAGCUGCCAGCAGUGACAGUGACCAGGGCUCAGAUGUGUCUCUCACAGCUUGUAAAGCAUGAGACAGCUGCCCUGUCUGGGAAUGAGUGAUGGAAGGUUCUUCACAAACACAGCUGCCAACCCGUUUGUGACUUCAGGGACAUUUCAUUUCUCUUUCUGCAAAGAGCAUCUGAAUGUCUGCAUUCCCAUCAGCAUCACUGAGAAAGUGGGAAGCUGGCCACUUUCCCUUCCAGCAGAGGCAAGGCUUGCCCUCCCCUCCCUGUCUGAGCUUCCUAGUGCGCUGCUGAGGUGCAACUUCUUACUCCCUUAUCGAAAUAAGACUCUGGAUAUGAAUUUGUUUUUUCACUUUCUGCCAUUAAAGGCUGAUGGAGCUCA